AUGGGGACCCUGAACAGUCGGGUCAAAUACAAAAUCGUUGAAGCCGUUAAUAAUCUAACGGAAAAUUUCACAAUAGACGAAUUUCGCGGAGAAAUAUCGCUGAACGGUCCGCUAGAUUAUGAAGGCCUUGACCCGGAUUUGAAUGGCAAAAUCAUCAUUACGGUGAUGGCCUACGACAUGGGAAUCCCGCCAAUGAACUCAACAACCAAUGUCACAGUUACCGUUGAGGACGAAAACGAUAAUGUCCCUGUUUUUGACAAAAAAAUGUAUUUUGCACACAUCGCUGAGAACUCGCCACCUGGUACUAGUGUGACUAAAAUUCGAGCACAUGAUGCCGAUAUUACAAGUCCCAACAACGAAGUUAUUUACAGAAUCGACAGUGGAGCAUUCGACAAAUUCCGUAUUGACGCCGUCAGCGGAAUUCUAACUGUAGAGAAAGGCGCCAUAUUGGAUCGUGAGAUGAUGGCUAAAUACCAGUUAAACGUUUCGGCUAUCGAUCGUGGCACACCUUCCAACCACGGCAAGUGCCAAGUAAUCAUCUACAUCGGCGACGUUAAUGACGAAUCACCGUUCUUCGACAAACCGACUAACUACCUGACAGUCAUGGAGAACCAGACGAUUGGCACAAUCAUACAUACUGUGUCUGCAAAAGACAACGACUUAGGAGCUCACCUUGAAUAUUAUAUUUUGUCUGAUCGAAUCCAAGCCUUCAAUGAUCUCACACCUGUGCCGCCUAAUAUUUUAGAAACUAUCAAGAGUCAUUUUGGUAUCUACAAACAGACCGCUACAGUGAUUCUAACAAUUACAGUCCUUGAUGCAAACGACAAUCCUCCUGAUUUCUUACCAAGUAAAAUCUACCGAGUAAAUGUUUCCGAGGGUGUCCCUCUUGAUACAGAGGUUUUGACAGUUAAAGCAACAGACAAGGACAAGAACCAGAAAAUAUGGUUCCGAAUUGGAUAUGAUCCAAUGGCAACAUUUAAAAUCAAGUCAUCUGAAUCGUACACAGGUAUCAUCCGUCUUCAAAGACAACUGGACAGAGAAGAAUACUCGAAUAUCACAUUCACUGUGUUAGCUAUUGAUGAAAAAGGUGCACAUCCGCUGACGUCAACUGCAACAGUCUACGUCAAUGUAGUGGAUAUGAACGACAAUCGACCACGUUUCAUUACUCAAGAGUACGUCUAUUCUGUUAACAUAGAUAUUGAAGUUACUCAGAUCUAUCUAUCUAUCUAUCUAUUUUUCGAUCUAACUAGCUAUCUAUAUAGCUAUCUAUCUACCUGUCUAAUAUUCCAGAUAUUUCGGAACCUUUAG